AUGUCUGGCAGCAAUGGCAAUGGCAAUGGCAGUGGGAGAAUGAGCAGGAGCCACCUCGACAACAAUGGCGAUUAUUCCGGCUAUGAUUCCUCGUCCGCCGCGGCUUUCGGCUCCCCGUCGGCAUCAUUCUCCACGCACAACGCUGCGGCGUCUCAGACGUACAAUCAGCACCAACCGACUUCACCACAACCGAGGACCGAACCGCAAGCUCAUAAUCCCCUGCUCGACGAGAUCAAGGACGUCAAUGAUGUCAAUGAGAUCCUCCGCAAGCGAAGAAAGACCCGCGAUCUGAAAGCGUGCUAUCCGUGUCGUCAGCGCAAAGUGAAAUGCUCUAAUGAGUCACCAUGCCGAGUAUGCGUCGAGCGAGGUCACCCUGAAUUAUGCACCAUUUACCCACGAACGGCAAGAGGAAGUAGCGCAACCGGCAGCACGAGAAAAUCGGCUGGGACACCGACGGCGAACCAAGGUGUCGAUACACGUAAACGGGGAGCUCCCGAGCCAGACAGAGCGGCGCUCAGCGAGCACGAAACGGGCGCACUGGGAAGAGCGACAGAAAGUCCUGACAGAAGUGGCUCCUCAUUCAUCACUGUGCCUCGGGAGACAUGGGACCGCGUCUGUUCCCAAUUGGCUACCAUUGAAGGUUCCAUUACGGCUCUGCGACAGGAUUUGACCCAGGCGACGAAUUCGCGCCCUUCACAUCCUCCGUCGGUCACAAAUUCGCAGGAUGGCAAAACGGAACAGACGCAUCCCGAGGGAGUCCAGGCGCUCAAUGAGGCCACGGGCAAGACGGUACAUUUGGGCGCCAGCUCGUUACCGGCAUUCCUCAUGGCGCUUGGCAAAGGUGAUGGCGACGAGCUGGGAGGGAGCAUCUUGCCUAUGCUUGCGCUCGGCGACGAAACCUCUGCAUACCCCUUUUUGGACCUGUGGUCGGGCUCGGGCUAUGGCUUUGAUGUGAAUGAGCUAGCCAAAGCACUGCCGAGCGACUCCACAUGUAUAGAGUUCUUCCGGCUUUAUCGCGACGUCGCAUACGCGCUCUACCCUGCAGUACCCGAUAUUGAGACCCUUGAAGCCGAAUUUACCUCGUUUUUGACAGAACGGGCGCGUCAAUUGAGCCGCGUGGAGCCCUAUGACACUACCGGAGCUAUAUAUGGUAAAAGUUUGUCAUGGUUCGCCUUGCUACUCGCCGUUUUGGCAUCUGGUGCCCAAUGCUCAGUCCUUUCCAAGAAGGAGGUCCUGGCACUAUCGCAAGUUUACAUUUGUUGUUCAUUUCAAUGCCUUCGUCUGACCAACUUUUUACAAUUGCCGUCAAUGGAAGCCAUCCAGGCGCUGCUCAUCAUCGGCAAUGUGCUUUCCAACAACAUGAACCCGGGCGCUUCCUGGGCUCUGCUUGGUAUGACUAUACGAGUAGCGCAGAGCGUCGGUCUGCACAUUGAACGCACUUCUCUUCCUCCAAAGCUACAGCUUGCUCGAAGGAGGAUUUGGUGGGCUGUCGUAUGGCAAGACAGUUUCUUCUCCAUAUCCUACGACCGCGUCUCCUCGACUGCUACUCUCGGCUGCAAUAUUCCUCUUGAUGCGACAUCGAGCCCCGGCAACCGCUCGUUUACCGAAUCCAUGUACCGACUCUGUCAGCUUUCUAUUGACAUUGUGCGCGCACGCAUGCAAUCGCCCGGCUUCCACAUGUCUCUCUCCCAACUGUCCCGAUAUCAGGCCGAAGUCGACGACGUCUUUGCGGACGCAGCUCCUGUACUCAGAGACCUCACCAAAUGUCGCACCGUCAAGGAGCGCAUGCAAAACUGCGCAUUCAAUAUCCACAUUUCCUACACACUCUCCGAUCUGUGUCGCCCAGCGCUAGGGUCCAAGGCAGCGCAAAGUGAUGAAAUCAGGGCAAUCCGGACAACCGGUAUCCAGAACCUGGCCACCACCGUGCGCGCCUUUCUCGAAAUGUACAAGACGACCAUUUACGCGACGCGGUCGUGGGCAGCUGUUCAUCGCGCCCUGAGUUCUGCACUGCUUCUCGGCAUUCUCGAGGAGCCAAAGCGCAGCCCAGAGAUUAAAAACCUCCUCAGCCAAAUGAUUGCCGUCAUCUCCGACCUCGCCUACGCCGAGGGCUACAAUGAGGACCAGGGGAACCCUUUGGGACACUCGUCGCAGAGCUUGGGUCCGCUGGCUCGAUCACUCGCCGCUUUGCGCCGAUUGAAUGCCGAGAAACCCCUAACCGCUCGCCAUCCACCGCAGCGGGUGCUCCAUCCUCCCCAACACCAACAUUUAGGAGGAGGAGCAGCAGCAACAUCAGCACCUCAACCCACCCAUCAUCAUCAUCAUCCUACUUCUUCUUCCUCGCCCUCCUUUUCGCCAAUCGCAAAUUUCCCGCCCCCGAAUGCUGCUGCUACUACUGGUACCACUCCCAUCCUGCCCCCGCCUACCGCCAUGGCAAGUAUGCCCCCGUCGACGACAUCCGCCCCGCCCCCCGAGUGGAUUGAAAUGGACAGAACUCAAAAUCGCACACCCUCUGACGCCACGGGCUCGUACGCGCCUUCGCCCCUGCUCGGACUCGACGAAACGUCGCCCUACUCGCUCAUGGACUCGAUCAUUUGGGGCGAUCAGCAUAUUCCGGAUAGUCUGGGCAUGCCGUUUACGACGUGGCAGGGAUAG